UAAACCGGAAAUUACACCUACAUGGUUAGGACGUUCUAGCUUUUCUCAAGGUGUUUUUAUUAGUUUGACGCGCACAGUGUUUUAUUUCAUCACGCAGACACGCCAUAAAGUCAUGUUUUACAAAGCGCAGUGCCCUCAAGACACCGAGCUACAACCUAAAAGUAACCAACAUGUAGGGAGUGACGGCUUAUUUUGAAAGCCGUAACCGGAAAUUGUACAAUUCAACACGGUGAUGGGCGGGAGCGGAGACAAGCCAAAGGGAAAAGGGGUGGAUAACGGGAAACGGCCCUGUUUGGGAAAUACAUCAAACAGAGGGGAACGUGGGCGACGGUUUGGCGUCUGCGCUCUAAAGUGGUUGAGGACAUCUUUCCACCUGUGGAAGAAUGCUGGUUAGGACGUAACGGGUUGAGAGUGAUGAAGGUGUCUCCUGUCUUUGUUUAGGAUCCUGAAUGUGAGACUGUGAAGAAGUUGCUUCUGUUUCCUGUGUCUUUUGGCAUUUUUUUUUUCCACCCCCACUCGGCUCCACAGAGAUGGCAAACAUGUGCCCGUAUGGCCUUUUCACCCACGCCGUGGUGCGGGGCAUCCCGGAGACCUUUGGGAAGGCGGUGGGAGACAAUGACGAGAACAAGGAGGCCUCAGUGGACCUGGCCAAGGCUCAGCGCCAGUUUGGCUGCCUGACGGGGGCCCUGAGGCAGAAAGUAGGCCUGCAGCUGAUCGAGAUCCCCCCCGACCCGGAGCUGCCAUUGAGCUGGAGGAUAGAGGAUGUGGCGGUGAUCCAUGGAGACACGGCGCUCAUCACCAGGCCCUUCAGAGAGCAGAGGCGCAGCGAGGUGGAGACGGUGCGGAGGGUGAUGUCGGAGCUUAACCUGACCGUGAUGGAGAUGGAUGCCAUACAGGGAAACUCUGAAGGGGCCACGCUGGAGGGCAGCGACGUCCUCUUCACAGGGAGGGAGUUCUUUGUGGGCAUCUCCUCCCACACCAACCACAAAGGAGCAGAAGUGCUGGCGGACGCUUUCAGGGACUUCUCCGUGUCCACCGUGCCAGUCUGCGGUGGAGCUCGACUCAAGAACAUCUGCUCAAUGGGAGGCGCCGACACCAUCAUCAUCAGCAACAGUAACGGGGCCAAGAGGACUCUCAGGAUGAUGGAACAGCUGACCGAUCACCACUACGAUAUCGUCACUGUGCCGGAGCAAUCUGCAGCCAACUGCAUUUACAUAAAAGCUCCGUCCAAGAGAGACUUCCUGCUCCACAGGCCGGCGGAGGAAUGUCCUGACAGCGUCUCUGCCUUCCAGAAGCUGCAAGACUACACCUUCUUGCCGACAGCCUGCAGUGAAGCCGCCAAACUGGGAGCAUCGCUGUCCUCACUUUGCCUCCUCGUCAAUAAGAAGCACACGUAUUUCUGAUUGUCUUGUAAAACCCAAAGUAUGAUGGCAAGCUGGCCUAAUGACCAACUGCUUACAGUAAAUGACAUCUGUACUCCUUCAUGCAAAACUCACUAGCAGUGCAGCUUGCAUUAUUUCCACUUUCAGUAUCACAAUAGAUACAUAGUAAUUCAGGGAUACAAGGCAUUGUAUCAAUGACAGCUAUUACGUAUACUAUGCAGAGUGUAAUGCUUGUAGUUUGCAAUGGUAUACAGUACCUGCAUGAUACUCAUGUUUUUGGUGUCUUUUAGCCAUAUGAGGGGACAAAAUCUCAUGGAUCAAGGUCAACCUUUGUAAAGUUUUUUUUAAGCUUUUGUAUACCUGAUUGUGCAGAGGUACCUACUGAAGGUGAAGUUCAGCUACACUCAGCUUAACCACUUCCUGUUUCAAUGUGUAUAAAAUGCAGAAUGUGGUUGAUAAAACUGACAAAAUGUCUUAAAUGUAGUAAGUGCAUCACAUCCAAAAAGGUUAAAUAAAGAUCUAAUAAGCCACAGAAGAGUGAUUAUCAAAAAAACAUUCUAGAAAGUACAUUAGUGGCUGGAUUUGGCAACUAACUGGUCUUUCUUGAUGGCAUAGGAAUUGGCUGAACCCUGAAAUAAAGGUUUGAGUGACAGUAAAUGAGGCACAUCAAAGUACAACAGAUGAUGUAUCCAA